CAGUCUCUUUCCUCUACCAGAGAUACAACAUCAUCAAAAUGCCCGCCCAACAAGCCCUGUGCGCCCAUUCCCAACUCCAAGUCGACGUAUCGGCCCAUGCCGCCAAAGCGCGUUUCGUGCGGCCAUCGCUCGCCAAGAGGCUAGCAGCGGCCACACCGUCCGGGUCCAUCGCGACUCGCGACGACCCGACACAGAAUUUUAUCAGCGAGUUAGACUACACCUUCCCCGGCCCGCUCCUCCUCCCCGACGACGGGCUCGCCAGCGGCGACGACAAGGCGCCGCAGAGCCUGCGGUCGUGGCUCCGCGAGCCGUGGCGCAACCCCGUCACGCCGCAGCGCAAGACCCUCUACCUGGCCCCCGUGCCGACCAUCGCGCCAAGCGCGUCUUUUAUGAAGACGUGGGCCACGCCCUCCAAGCCGUCCUGCACCGCCGCGUCCAAAAAGACGCCGCCCGCUAAACUCGCCGACGUGCUCGCCUACCUGCAGGCCUUCUACCACCCGCUGCCCGUCAAGCUGCUGCCCGAUGCCGUCUCGUUCAACACCACCACCACCACUAACCCUACCCAGAAAGAGCCCACCCCCUCAUACGUCGGCCUGCAAAUCGGCACCACCAAGUCCCCCACCCGGAUCCGCCUGCGUGCAUGCCCCGACGGCGCCUUCUCGCACCAGCUACAGCUCAAAGACGUACUCGACGCAGCCCUCAAGACCCUCCCGGCGGACGCGUACGCCGUCGUGUUCGCCACCGAGCAGGACCUGUUUGAGGACGCGGCCGACGCCUUCUGCUGCGGGCGCGCGUACGGCGGGUCGCGCGUCUGCGUCGUGUCCGCCGCGCGCUACCACCCGGCGCUGGACGACGACGACGACGGCAGCGUGGCGGCGUACCGCGAUCCGUUUAGCAUUGAGCGCGAGCACGUCUGGCCGGCGUCGCAUUGUCGCGACUUUGUGCAGGGCGUGCUGCGCGGGGAGGGGGCGGUGGUCGAUGGUGGGCGGCGGGGGGCCAAGAGGCGAAAGGUGCAGCCGGCGGAGGUGGUGGACUUGACCGGCAGUGAGCCAGUGGUGGUGGUAGAGGCGACGCCGCUUGUUGCGGCCGUCAAGGCGGUCUGCGCGGCGCGGGGCGGCGGGAGGAAGAAAGAUCUCUACGGCCUGUGGCUGUCGCGCGUCGUCAGAACGGUCGCGCACGAGCUGGCGCACUGCUUCUGUCUCGGCCACUGCGUGUACUAUGCCUGCGUCAUGCAGGGCACGGGGCACAUCGCCGAGGACGGCAGGCAGCCGCCGUACUUGUGUCCGGUGUGUUUGAAGAAGGUUACGACGGCCAUCCGUGAUGUGCACCCCGAGCUGGGCGAGGACCAGUUGGUGCUGGAGAGGUACGCCUUGCUGAGGGAGUUCUGCAGCCGCUUCCCUCGCGCGGCCAUGUUUGUGGGGUUUGGUGCGUGGCUGGACAAGAGGAUGGAGAGUCUGGGCCGCAGUGAUGUGCUCUAGGGCGCUGCUUCGGACUCGAGAAAAGAUGUGUGACAUAUGGGCGUGGGGUAGUUAGAAACGAUCUACUUUGCUUUUUUUUCAAGCAGAACGAAAUGCCCUCCCAUUUCGGAACCAUGUCGCCUGGACCUGGCCAAUUUCAUAGUAUACCCAGGACCAUUGCUCGGCCAUCGCUGCCAAAUAAAGCUGGAGAGCGGCCUAGGCUCUCGAAAAGCUUGCCUACUCUCACCAA